CCCGCCGUGGAUUUCCAACCAAGCUGUGUGGACUCGCAGGUGCUGGGGGAGUGGAGCGGGAGGCCUCGUUUGCAUCGAAGGCUUCUUGAUUCCAGGCUGCACCGACAGAUGUGGGCCUCCUGUCCCCAGCGCCCACCACCCUCCUUGCAGCGUGGGGAAACUGAGGCCCGCAGGGGGCGGCCGCGCACGGUGACGCAGCAGGGGGCGGUGCCGGGAGGGGCGGGCCCGGGAUCCUCACCUGCCCGCCCCGUCCCCCGCCGAGAGGGGAGGAGUCGGCGGCUGCCGGGCCAGGGCCGGCGGGCGCGGCGGGCAUGGCGGGCUCCGGGCCGCGGCCGCGGAGCUGGGGCCGGCGGGAGGCGGGCGCCCGGGAUGAGGCGGCGGCGACCGGGGGGCGCGGCCCGGGGCCGUGCCGGUGCUCGCAGGGGAGGCGGGCGUGGACCGCCCCGGGAAAGCCGGCCGUUCCCGCCGCGUGGACGCCCUUCAUGGCGGCUGAAGAGAUGCAUUGGCCUGUCCCUAUGAAGGCCAUUGGUGCCCAGAACCUGCUAACCAUGCCUGGGGGCGUGGCCAAGGCUGGCUACCUGCACAAGAAGGGCGGUACCCAGCUGCAGCUGCUCAAAUGGCCCCUGCGCUUUGUCAUCAUCCACAAACGCUGCGUCUACUACUUCAAGAGCAGCACCUCUGCCUCCCCACAGGGUGCCUUCUCCCUGAGUGGCUAUAACCGGGUGAUGCGGGCGGCCGAGGAGACCACGUCCAACAACGUUUUCCCCUUCAAGAUCAUCCACAUCAGCAAGAAGCACCGCACGUGGUUCUUCUCAGCCUCCUCGGAGGACGAGCGCAAGAGCUGGAUGGCCUUGCUGCGCAGGGAGAUCGGCCACUUCCACGAAAAGAGAGACCUGCCCCUGGACACCAGCGACUCCAGCUCAGACACAGACAGCUUCUACGGCGCAGUCGAGCGGCCUGUGGAUAUCAGCCUCUCCCCAUACCCCACAGACAAUGAAGACUAUGAGCACGACGACGAAGACGACUCCUACAUGGAGCCCGACUCCCCGGAGCCCGGAAGGCUUGAGGAUGCCCUGACGCACCCACCGGCUUACCCACCACCCCCAGUGCCCACGCCCAGGAAGCCAGCCUUCUCCGACAUGCCCCGGGCCCAUUCCUUUACCUCCAAGGGCCCCGGUCCCCUGCUGCCACCCCCACCCCCUAAGCACGGCCUCCCAGAUGUUGGCCCAGCUGCCGAGGACUCCAAGAGGGAGCCAUUGGGCCCAAGGCGGGCUGAGCCUUGCCCCAGGGUACCUGCUACCCCCCGAAGGAUGAGCGACCCCCCUCUGGGCAACAUGCCCACCACACCCGCCCUCCGGAAACCCCCUUGCUUCAGGGAGAGUGCCAGCUCCAGCCCGGAGCCCUGGACCCCUGGCCACGGGGCCUGCUCCACUUCCAGUGCUGCCAUCAUGGCCACUGCCACCUCCAGAAACUGUGACAAACUCAAGUCCUUCCACCUGUCCUCCCGAGGACCGCCCACAUCUGAGCCCCCACCUGUGCCAGCCAACAAGCCCAAGUUCCUGAAGACAGCCGAAGAGGACCCCCCAAGGGAGACAGCCAUGCCCAGACUCUUUGUGCCCCCCGUGGCUCCCCGGCCUCCUGCACUAAAGCUGCCAGCGCCUGAGGCCACGGCACGGCCCGCAGUCCUGCCCAGGCCAGAGAAGCCACAGCUUCCCCACCUCCAGCGAUCGCCUCCUGAUGGGCAGAGCUUCAGGAGCUUCUCCUUUGAAAAGCCCCGGCAACCCUCGCAGGCUGAUGCUGGCGGGGACGACUCGGACGAGGACUAUGAGAAGGUGCCACUGCCCAACUCUGUCUUCAUCAACACCACGGAAUCGUGCGAAGUGGAAAGGCUGUUCAAGGCUACAAGCCCCCGGGGAGAGCCCCAGGAUGGACUGUACUGCAUCCGGAACUCCUCUACCAAGUUGGGGAAGCCCACGGUCUCCCCAGGCUGGUCUCACUGUUUCUCAGGAGCUGUCAGCCUCCCACUUCCCUCCUGUAGGUCCUGGUUGUGUGGGAUGAAGCCUCCAACAAAGUGAGGAACUAUCGCAUUUUUGAGAAGGACUCUAAGUUCUACCUGGAGGGCGAGCUCCUGUUUGUGAGUGUGGGCAGCAUGGUGGAGCACUACCACACCCACGUGCUGCCCAGCCACCAGAGCCUGCUGCUGCGGCACCCCUACGGCUACACCAGGCCUAGGUGAUGCCUGCCCGUGUGGCUGCCAGGCCAAGGCAGUCACAGGGGCCCUGACCCCGGGCCACACAGAUGGACACGGGCCCACAUGGGAGAGUGCGCAGGAGCAAGGCCGUGCUUGCCUAGGGCCUCUGCGAUGGACAUCUCGUAGGACCCAGCCAGUCUAUCCAGAAGGCUGGGUUCCAAGGCUGGACCAGGCUCCAGGCUCCAGGCUCCAGAGGACGAGGGGACUCUUGCCCCACACCAGCUUGCCCUGUCCCAACCCCAGAAACCCAGGACCAAGUCGUGCCUGGGCUCCGAGGACAAGAACAGUGGUCCCCCCAUCACACCCACCCCGCAGUGGGCUGGGAGCCAGGCAGGGCCAGGGCAGCUGGGUGGGGGCCGGGGCUGGCCCUGGGACCCCGAGGAACGCUAAGACACAGGCUCCAGUAGGGGCUUUUGCCUCCAAUAAAGCACCAGUGAGCUUUGC